UCACGUCUCGCUUUCUGUUUCUCUCUCUUUUUUUCUCACUAGCUAUCUGUCUCCAUUAUAGACAUUCCAGAGUCUGUUCAAUUUCAUUUUUGUUAAGAUCGCCUUCGCCAUUCUACCCAUCACGUGUCAAUAUAGCUGUGGUUGACCUUAUAAUGUCACUUCCCGAGUUCGGAGUCCCAGCCGUCAUGCCGAGCUUUCGCAGGGUUGCACCUGAACUGGUGACGCUGGAUUUCGAAGACGUGAUUUAUGUUGCAGCUGAGAAGGAUGUGAAAGAGGGCAAAGCGAAGCUUGUUUGGACAGUGCAUCAAUCCAGAGGCAACGUCAAGAUCUGUAUCAUUCAUGUUCUAGUUCCUUCGAAGACGAUCCCCAUGGGCGGCCUGGGUGCCGAGAUCCCCGUGAACUCGGCGAACGAGAUCUUGUUGAGGGAACACAGAGAAAACGAGAGGAUAAACAUGCAUAAGAUCUUGGAUACCUACCUGCAUGUUUGUGAAGAAAUGGGGGUACCAGCAGAGAAAAAGUACAUAGAAUCGGACAGCAUUCAUGAGGGAAUUGUGGAGCUCAUACGUUUACAUAGGAUCGGAAAGCUUGUAAUGGGUGCAGUAGCAGACGGAUGCUGUUUCAAGAAGAUGACAGAAAUCAAGUCCAGGAAAGCCAUCUUCGUUCGCGAUAAAGCACAUGUCUCUUGUCAAAUUCGGUUUAUCUACAACGGGCACCUCAUUCACACAAGGGAAGCUCAAACAGUUGAAGCCAUUGUAGAAGUUCCUACUGAUGCACCAUCGCCAACGACUCCAGCCCUUGGAGCUGGAGAGUCAGUUUUCUUGAAAUCACGAUCCGCCACACUGCGAAGUGAUACGGCAAAGUUGAGCAAUCCAUUUCAAGACCUUAUGAGAAGAGCGUUCUCCUUAAAUGCCGAUCAACGUGCUUUGAGGCCAAUAGCUUCUCCUUCCCCAGCUAGCAUUCCUUCCGAUCAGUCUAAUGCGGAGGGCAUGCUGGAGAGGCAAGACACUCCCCAAGAACUCGCAACAAGCCUUUCCCAUCAUCUGCAGUUGAUUUGGUCGGUCUAUCAUACCGGCCAUUCAUCAUUUUCCAACACUCUGGAUUUGGAUGAAAAUGGCAUGCAAGAAGUGCUUGAGGAGGGAGUGACGGCUCGUGCUGAAGAAGUAGGUAUCAUUGAGGGCGGGCAAAAUGACCCCAGGAAGUUGGAGGAAGAACUAGAGAAGUUGCAGGAUCACCUAAACAGAGUGAUGGAAGAACUUCACAGUGCCCUGGAAGGAAAAUUGCAGCUCGAGAGCCAAUUUGCCGAGGCUAACGAGAGCAGAAAGGAAUUGGAGCUGAAAAUCAUAGCAGCCAAUGAAAAGUUGCAGAUUUUUAGACAAGAGCGAGAGCUGUUGCAGAUCGAACUCAACAACGCACUCCAAAAGGCUGAGGAGAUGAGCAGAAGAAAAGGAGAUUCCUGGGGCACAAAGUACUUCUCUGAGUUCUCCAUGACCGAAAUCAAGGAAGCUGUGCAGAACUUUGACCCGGCCUUGAAGAUUGGUGAAGGCGGUUGCGGGAGCGUGUAUAGAGGUUUCCUUCGACAUACGUCGGUGGCCAUAAAAAUCAUUAAAUUUAAAAGCAUGCAUGGUUCACAAGAAUUUCAACAGGAGGUGGAUGUGUUGAGCAAGGUGAGGCAUCCCAACCUCAUCACGCUCAUCGGUGCUUGUCCAGAGCCCCGCACUCUUGUUUAUGAAUAUAUUCCGAAUGGUAGCCUUGAAGACUGGCUCCACAGCAGCAACAGGGCAAAGCAGUUGCCGUGGCAAGCUCGGGUACGUAUCGCCACAGAGCUCUGCUCCGUCCUGGCCUUCCUCCACUCUUGGAAGCCUAGCAUCGUCCAUGGGGAUGUCAAACCGGGGAACAUCCUACUGGACGCACACCUCAUGAGCAAGCUCAGCGAUUUCAGCAUCUGCCGACUGCUGUCCGGCGGUGAACGGUCAAGCAACAACACCACCGUUGUGCACCUGACCAAUCCAAAAGGAACGCGUGGGUACAUGGACCCCGAGUUCCUCAUCGAGGGAAAGCUCACGAUAAAGUCCGACGUAUAUUCUUUCGGGAUUAUACUGCUUGAGUUAUUGACGGGGAGGCCCGCCUUAGGAAUAGCAAACGCAGUGCGAAAGGCAAUUAGCGCAGGGACUUUGAAGACCAUCUUGGAUCCAUCGGCUGGAGAGUGGCCCUAUAUGCUGGCCAAGGAGUUGGUUCAUUUGGCUUUGAGGUGCUGCGAGAUGAGCACAAGGAAUAGGCCGGAUCUCCGCUCAGAUGUGUGGACGGUGCUCCAAUCCAUCGGUGCUUCCUGUCAAUAAGCCUAGACUUCUGUAUACUCAAGAAUUUACCGAUAUACUUGUUCGAAUGUGUGCUUUGAACUUCAAAUAAAUCGACUUUUCGGGUAA